GCCAAUUUCUCAUGACAUCAGUUACAGUAUUAACUUGGUAGCUACCUAUAAUUAUACUGUACCAUAGUAGGAUUGCUCCAUAUACAGAGGAGUAUACUUGUGUACAUUGGAUGACGGACGAGACUGAACAGUCCACUGGUCACCAGACUCCCUCCCUCUCUCCUAUAUACAAUACAUCAACACCAAUCAGUCUCUCCAGAGGUUCACUGAUGCCAAUGAACUCCAGCACAGGAAGAGACAAGAAGGCCACCAUAUUAAUCACCACACCAAGUGAACCGACUCCUGUAGACACAGCAUCAAUGAGAUAGAGAAGGUUCAGUACAGUCGAAUGAGUACUCCACACAGGUUUAAGAUGCUUACUUCAAAACCGAGAAAAUUCAAACAACGCUUUGUGUGUGUUGUCGGC